CCACCAUCAAAACACACACACAAUCAAUCCUACGUACUCACAAAAACUUGAGCGAUGGCUUCUCCGACAACAAUCAACAAGUUUGCCACCACCAUCUUCACCCUUGUCAUUCUCAGCACCACCAUAUCAGAUUCAAAACCCCUUGUUCACAGAUCAUCAUCAGCUCCCUUCAAACCAAACACACUCAUUCUCUCAGUUACCAAAGACAACGCCACCAGCCUCCACGUCACCAUCCUCCGCAAGAGAACUCCUCAAAUCGCCGUUCCCCUCGUCGUCGAUCUCAACGGCAGGUUCUUGUGGGUCAACUGCGACGACAACUACCUUUCCUCCACCUACACAGCUCCCUUCUGCCACUCCGCCCAAUGCUCACGCGCCGGCGUCCACUACUGCCACAAAUGCAGGUCCUCCCCCACCCCCCGCCCCGGCUGCCACAACAACACUUGCGGCGUCAUCGCCACCAACCCACUCACCCAUAAGAAUUCCGUCAGCGAACUCGGGCUCGAUGUCGUCUCUGUUCGGGCCUUCAACGGCGGCCGCGGCGUCCGUCGGUGGGCCACCGAUCCGCAGUUUUUGUUCGCUUGUGCGCCUUCGUCUCUCCUGCAAGGACCGCUCCCGCAAGGUGUUCGAGGAAUUGCCGGACUGGGACACACCCCUGUUUCUUUGCCGUUACAGCUCGCCUCCCAUUUCGGGUUCCGCCCUGAAUUCGCCAUGUGCCUCUCUCCCCUUUCGACCGACAAAGGAGCGAUCUUCAUCGGAAACAUUCCUUCGGAAGUAGCACCGAAAACCAUGGCCUACACCCCGUUAACCAUAGGCCCACAAGGAGAGUACUUCAUACUUAUCCGAUCGAUCAAUAUAAACAACCAAACCGUCCCGUUCAACACCACCCUACUUUCGAAAACCCGAGGAUUUGGUGGGACCAUGAUCAGCACAACGAUACCUUACACGAUUAUGGAGCACUCGGUUUACAACACUUUUAGCCAAUUCUUUGCAAAACAACUAUCCGGUGUGCCUCAAGUUCAAGCCGUACCUCCCUUUGGACUCUGCUUCGAUAGUAGAAUCUUGCCACCGACACGUGUUGGCGCUCCUAACAUAGACUUUGUUAUGCAGAACAGAAAUGUGAGCUGGAGAAUUUUCGGGUACGAUGCGUUAGUGAGUGCGAGGCCGAACGUGUCUUGCUUGGCUUUCGUUGAUGGAGGAACAAAUACAAGAGCGGGAAUCACGAUCGGGGCGUAUCAGUUGGAGAACAACUUUGUGCACUUUGAUCUGUUUGGAUCCCGAUUUGGUUUUAUUCCUUCGCGGCUCGCCCAGCCUUUCGACUGCUCGAUGUUCAACAACUUCACCACCGGUGCCGAUCAGCUCGAGCUGCAGGAGUUUGCUUCAAUACGAAAUUAA